UAUAACCCAAAGGUUUGCAUGUUAUCAAAAAUGUAAGAUAUCAAAUCCAUGAAUGAGAUUAAAAAAGUCCACCAUAAUUGGGCUAUGUAUUCUUGUGUAAAAAUUUAUGAUAGUAUCUAUAAACAAUAUUCCUAAGAAAAGAAAUAAAUAUGCUGCUGUGUUAUAUUACAGAGCAUGAGGGCAGUCUUCAAUAUUAUGCAGUCAUUUGUUUUCCAUGCACAAGGAAAAUACAUACAGUAUUGUGAAAUGUGUGUGUUUUAGGUAAAUACUUGAGUUUGAUGUUAAGUCUUCAACAAAGAUUAACUUGAUAAAUACCAAUAUUUAUAUACAUGCAUACAAUUUAAUAGACAAUCUCAUUGUAAUUAGUAUUAAGUGUUUUCUAACAAUAAAUCUCCUUAAGUUCUCUGCAGAGACUACACUCAAGCUCAUACCCAAGAUAAUCAGUGGUCGUUACCCAUCUCGCCCAGAGAACUUCUCAUCAGAGCUUUAGGGAAUACUGAAAGAGAUAUUCAGUAAAGACCCUCAAUCAAGACCAACAGCCAAUGAGAUCCUGAAGCGUCCUAUUAUGAUACACUGUCUGUCAGAAAAGUGCAAAACAACUGUAAAGGAACUCCAGACCAUGGUGGACAAGUUAAGGGAUGUGGCUGACAGUCUGGAACACGUGCAUCGGGGUGCCACCAUCGGCAGUCUGACAGGAGGAGUGAUUGGAGCGGUGGGAGGGAUUACAUCUGUAGUGGGCCUUAUACUGGCUCCCUUCACUCUUGGAGCCUCUCUCAUUGUCACUGGGGUUGGAAUAGGGGUGAGUGCAGCUGGUGGGGUCACUGCUGGUGCCUCGAAUAUCACUAAUAUGGUCAACCAGUCGUCUGAUCGCAAAGCUGUUCGAAGCAUCAUUAAGAAGAUUGAACAGAAAGUUAAUUCAGUUGUCUGCUGGCAACAGGAAAUUAGCUACAUCUUAGAGGAAAUCAGGAGCAGAUGUGAUGCAGCUGACACAACUACCACUGAGGUCAGUGAGUUAAACCAAGGCAACUUGGUAGCUGGCUGCAUGAGGACAGGAAAGGGCCUUGGUGGCAUUGCUGAACUGGCGCGAUUAGUUCAAGUGACGAACAUAGGCAAAGUUGCAGCACAAGGGGCCAGGGCAGUACGUGUGGCAGAGGUAGCAUCAGGUGUGCUCUCUGGUUUAUUUUUGGCAGUGGAUAUCUUCUUCGUUGCCGUGGAUGCAAAAGAGAUACACCACAUCAGACAGGCAAAGGCAGCAAGGGAAAGAGAGGGAACUCCUUCUGGGUCAAUGUCUGAAACGGACACCAUUGAACUUGUGUCUGACAGAUCAAAGGUACAGGACCAGACUUCCACAAUCAGAUCAGAGAUCAUGAAAUUUGCUCAUUCAAUCAGGCAGGCAGCGGAUGACUUGCAGAAAAACGUAGAGGAGCUGAGAUGCAUCAACGUAAUGUUCCCUUCACCUGAGGAGCUAAACCAGCUGAGAGAGAGGUCACAUUAAAUGAAAUCUUGUAAAAUAUCAGGUGUAAUUGUUAACACCAGUGUUGUCACAAGUUUAUUAACCUUUGGCAUCCCUAGUAGUUGAUUGUUAACUUGUUGAUGAUUUCUAGUUUUAGCAUCAAAGCACCGUGUUGCACCAUAAUGCAAGUGACAAUAACUUCAAGGUGAAAUGUGUAAGCAGACUGCAACCAGCUAAAACUUCUCCCAGCUAGAAUGCCUUUAAUGUUCUUGGUUCAGGAAGUUUUUAUGGGGAGCCAAAAUAUCCACAGAGGUCUCUUCCUCUCCAAAACAAAUGGACCAGGCCGGUAAAAACACUGAAUAAAGUCACAAAUCAGUGCAUCUCCAACUCUGUUCAUCAUCUCGAGACAGGAGGCUCCCUUUUCUCUCAUAGGUUAAUAUGUCCUCACCAUAUUUUGAUCCAGACAAGCAGGGUUUUUUUUUUUUUUACUGUGAGCUGAAUUAUCCACAGUGGUGAUUUAAACUGGUAAAAACACUGCAUAAGGCAGUUUCAUGUUACAAAUCCAUGUAUCUCCAAUGCAGUCUGACAUGUUGCUGCAGGUGGCUAGUGCGACACAUGCUAAUGUGUGGUCACCGUUUUUUUCCUCUACUAAGAUAGAAGCCAGAAGCCAAAUUAUACACAGAGGUCUCUUCCUCUUCAAAAUAAACAGACCAGGUAAUUUAAACUGCUAGAAACAUUAAAUAAAGCAGUUUCACAUUACAAAUCAGUGUAACUCCGGUGCCACUCAUUGCAAUUGGGCUUCUUACUACAAUGGCAGACAUGAAAAUGCAGAAAGGCAAAUGGCUCUAUGUGGAGCCAGUGUCUGAUUUGUCUGUUCUGGACUACUGUAGAAACAUGGCGAUGCAACACAGUGAUCUCCAUGGAAGAGGACGCACUAUCUGUGUAGAUAUAAACUUCUUAUUGUAAGGUGAGGAGAACACAACAAUUCUUAUAUUCAGGUGAUUAUACACUAAAGAAAACAUACUAUGAUAUUACAUUUAAUUUACAGUUUUGUUUAUAUAUCCCUAAAUCCUACACACUAAGAAAACGCAUUAAUGAGAAAGAUGAUCUUAUCUUACAUUCUAUAAAUAGGAGCUUUAACUGCAUUGAAACUUGCAUGCUCGAGUUAUUUGCUAUAGUUCAUUUGCUUUUUUGCAGUUUAAGAUGAUUUUUUUAUUUUUGAAGGUGGCAAAGAGAGAAAAAUGGGAUACUUUUGGGCUCUCUUCUCUCCUCACCAUCUCAACUAAUUCCUAAGAUUGCUUGCUGAGUUUGUGGGGGGAGACAUACUCAGUGAAGUCAGAGUUUUACAGUCUUCAUUUUCUAAUCAUUCUCAUGUAUUCAAUGAAGUGCAUAUUUUGCCUAAUUCUUAUCCGUAGUUUCUUUAAACACAUCCCUAGGUACCUUUAGUAUGUUCAUUCUUACUGAAAGCUGUUCUCACUUAUAAUCAUCCUCUGUGUAUUAAUUCUUAUUAUGUUGUACUCAUGGGAACUGCGCAUUGGUUCGACAUCCCAUUGUUCCGACCAUAUUAAACCCAUUGUUCCCAAGUCCGUUCCGAAAUCAUCCUGAUGCCCUGUGGUUAAGGCCUGGUUAGGUUUAGGUACAAAAACCACUUGGUUAGGGUCAGGAAAAGAUCAUGGUGUGGAUUAAAAUGAAAAAGAAAGUGACAAACACAUAAGCUGUGAGCCUGCUCUGCCUCAAGUCGGUCGCGUUGCACCAUACUUCCGCCGCGAGCCGUUCAGCACCGUGGACAGUUGGACCAAUGGGCUGUCGAACCAAUGACAUGGACCCAUACUCAUAGUGAUAUACUUGUACUCUUAUAAUCAUCUGUUUGUAAUCAUCUUUGUAUAUUGCAUUUAUCAUUUUUUAUUGUAUGCAAAGUGAGCCUUUUUACGCCCUGCACCUGUCCCUGUGUCUGAAAGCUGGUAAAAAAAAAAAAAAACACACAGGAAACAGAAGAGGGAGGUGCAGGGGGGAACUUUGCAACAGUUGCACUCGAUUUGUCUUUUGUGUACUCACAUUAUAUUUUCAGUGAUCAACAUGUUCAUAGACUCCACAGUUAAUAAUGACUUUACGGGGGUGUCAGUGGCUUUGCAUUGUAUUUGUUGAAGUUGUCAGAGAAAUAGUUGAAACCUGAGCUCCUGAUUCUGUCUGCCUCAACAAGCAAGACUUUCCACCAAGCGGAAAUGUAACUACAUACUUAACACAUUAUCAAGUCCCGUCACAGAACAUGUAAAGGCCAGACAGACUCAGAGUGGGGUGUUGUACCAUGGUGGCCACUCACCUGACUGUUUUUGUUUUCUUUUUAUUUCUUUGGGCGUUGGCCGCAACUAGGAACCUCUGUAUUAGACUCUGAAUCAUUCUUUUGUAUUGCCAUUUUUGAAUUUUUUAACUUACUUUUAACUUUAAGUUGUAUCCUAGACACUGAAACUUUUGCUGAUUUUGCUUCAAAUAAAGAAGAU